UGUUAAUGAACUUAACGACUACAAUACCAACCUCAGCUAACACGGGUUAUCAGCACAUCAGUAGUUAUCACAAUUAUUAUUGACCCCACAGUUAUAUUAAAUUUGAGUUCAUCUUCUGAAAGUGUCAUUGUAAAUUUGCUCUGGUAUUAUUAACUUUAUUUAGUUCAGAUAUUGUAUUUUUAAACAUGGCAACAGGUAGCGGUAAGAUUGCCCUGCUAUCGGUAUCAAACAAAUUAGGCUUAGUCGAGUUAGGUAAAAAUCUUCACAGUUUCGGCUUCAUUCUUGUUGGAAGCGGAGGUACAGCCGCCAUCUUAAGGGAUGCAGGCCUUCCCAUCAAAGAUGUGUCAGAAAUAUCCGGAGCCCCAGAAAUCUUGGGCGGUAGAGUAAAAACUUUACAUCCUGUUGUUCAUGGAGGCAUCUUAUCUAGGUUGAUACCUUCAGAUCAAGAAGAUCUUAAAAGCCAAAAAAUAGAAAUGAUCAGAAUUGUGGUAUGUAAUUUGUAUCCAUUUGUAGAAACAAUAAGUAAUCCUAAAGUAACAUUAGAUGAUGCAGUUGAAAACAUUGAUAUUGGAGGUGUGACACUCUUGCGUGCAGCUGCAAAAAAUCAUCAAAGGGUUACUGUAAUUACUGAUCCUAGCGAUUACGGUAAAGUCAUAAAUGAACUAAAGAACAAUUCUGAUAAUGAUACAUUAUUAGAGACAAGGCAAAGACUGGCAUUAAAAGCGUUCACACACACUGCUGAAUAUGACGCACACAUUUCCGACUAUUUUCGUAAAGAAUUUUCCAGUGGAAUUUCUCAACUUACCUUAAGAUAUGGUAUGAAUCCACACCAAAAGCCUGCACAACUAUAUACAACUUUGGAAAAAUUACCCUUGUCCGUUGUCAAUGGAUCACCAGGUUUUAUAAACUUAUGCGAUGCUCUCAAUGGAUGGCAGUUGGUAAAAGAAUUGAAAACAGCGUUAGGGUUGCCAGCUGCAACAAGCUUUAAACACGUUUCGCCAGCAGGUGCUGCUGUGGGAGUUCCUUUAGAUCAAAACCAGGCUAAAGUUUGUAUGGUAGAUGAUCUCGCAGAACAGCUAUCGCCGCUUGCAGUAGCAUAUGCAAGAGCUAGAGGAGCCGAUAGAAUGUCUUCUUUCGGUGAUUUUGUAGCUCUUUCCGAUAUUUGCGACAAACUUACAGCACGAUUGAUAUCCAGAGAAGUUUCAGAUGGGAUUAUUGCACCUGGAUAUACACCUGAAGCACUGGAACUAUUAAAAAAGAAGAAAAAUGGAAAUUACUGUAUUUUACAGAUAGAUCCAAAUUAUAUACCAAACUCCAUGGAACGAAAAGUCCUCUUCGGUUUAACGUUAGAACAGAAAAGAAAUGAUGCAGUGAUUGACCGUUCUGUUUUCUCAAAUAUAGUAUCUGAAAAUAAAACACUUCCAGAAUCUGCUGUAAGAGAUCUGAUAGUUGCUACAAUUGCUCUUAAAUAUACCCAAAGUAAUUCAGUAUGCUACGCUAAAGAUGGACAAGUUAUCGGCAUUGGAGCUGGUCAACAAUCUAGAAUACAUUGCACUAGGUUGGCAGGAGACAAAGCUGAUAAUUGGUGGUUGAGGCAGCACCCUAAAGUUCUCAAUAUGAAAUUUAAGAAAAACGUUAAACGGGCUGAGAUUUCAAAUGCCAUUGAUAAUUUUGUCAAUGGAACCGUAGGUAAAGAUAUGGACAGAUCUUCAUUUGAAUCGAUGUUUGAUGAAGUACCAAUUGAGUUGACUGUCACAGAAAGGAAUACUUGGCUAAAUAACUUGAGUGGAGUCGCAGUUGGGUCAGAUGCAUUCUUUCCAUUUAGGGAUAACGUUGAUAGAGCACGACUGAGUGGCGUUUCAUACAUUGGCAGUCCAUCUGGAUCUACAAAUGAUGCAGAAGUGAUAAGGGCUUGCAAUGAACACAAAAUUGUAUUGGCGCAUACGAAUUUACGUUUGUUCCAUCACUAAUUUGUUAUUAUAAAUAAAUCAUUUUUGAUUACCAAAAGAAUAAUAUAUUUCCAAAAAAAUGUAUUUUAAAGCCAAACCUGUAAAUUUUUUAUUAAGAAUAGGAUAUUUUGUCACGUAUUUAUAUAUUUACAAAAAUACAGUAUAAAUAUCGAAGUAAUCACUAAUUUUUUAUGCAAUCCAUUCCCAUUUUGUGAUAAAUCACCUUAACAAAAACGCUUCUCAAGGGAAGGACAGCGCCCUUUAAGGAUGGCACCAUGGGAGAAUCAAUAUUCUAAAGGUAACUUUAUACAAUGGUUUUGUUGACAAUAGUAUUAUGACCACUGAAUUCCCUAUCAGUGGGUUACACAAUCCUGCCAGCCUAAUCAAAAAUGGCACAACCGUGCGAUAUUUAAAGGUAAUACAACGCAUGUGCAUUACAGAGUAUUUGGGGAAAAUCCUUUGAAAAUAAGAUAUAUGCGUUAUUGGUUGCCUAUAAGACUGGAUGGCCUCGUCAGCUCGUUAUUUGUUUUUUGUUAUUAUUUGUACAUUUCUGCUUU